AUGGCAGAAGCCGGGAUCAAGGGCAAGCACCAGAUCGAAAAGGCGCUCUACGAAGAGAAGAAGGAGAUCUCCUCUGGACGAUUAAAGGACGAGAACCCACUGGAUACCAGCCCCGAGUUUCGAAAGUUCUGCGAGGCGUGUCGAAGAGGAGACCUGAAAGUGUGUCAAGAGCAGAUCGGCACAGGCAUCAACAUCAACGCAAGAGACGAAUACGAUUACACGCCUCUGAUUCUUGCGUCGCUAUGUGGACAUUACGAAGUUGCGCAGAUGCUGCUGGAGCAAGGUGCUCUUUGGGAACGUGACACUUUCCAGGGCGAGCGUUGUUUAUACAAUGCCUUGAACGAUCGGAUACGGAAUUUGCUCCUGCAAUAUGACUACAGCAAGUCUACGGAUCCUCUACAGCCACUUGCUGCACACAUAACCUCCUUGCUCUCUCGAGAAACGCCUAAGACGACCGAUAUCGUUGUACAGACUGGAGAGACUACGCUCGAUCUACACAAGUUUGUCCUCGCCGCGAGAAGUCCGUACUUCGCGCAGAAGUUGUCAGCCGCACCCGAAACCACGCUUUGGAAGCUCUCCCACACCGUCCCUUCACAAUCUUUCGAAACAUGUAUAAGAUACCUGUAUAUGAGUGAAGUGGGUGCGGGCUUGGGAGAGGGCGAGGAAGAGCAGGCAAUCUUGACUGGCAUUGAUAAGCUCAGUCGCCAGCUGGAGAUACCACAGGUGUUUGAGGAUAUACUUGCGUCUGGAGAUCGGAGACAAGCACGCCAAAGACGGACAGAUGAGGUUGCAAGAGGGAGAGAUCAACUCGCAAAUUGGUUUCAGGACAAUGUGCUGAAGUACAAAAUGCGCGUGGAAAGCAACAAGGCAGAUGCUGUGAAGUGGGACAAAGAUAAUGGCAUCUUCGCUGAUGUGCUAUUACGGGCGGACGAGGACGAAGAGGACGAGGAAGAACCCGAGCAGGCUGAGGACAACAGUGCUAAGAUACGACAAACGAACGGCCCUCUAAAUGGAAUCCCCGUUGGACACUUCCAAAAUCAAGCAUCGAGAUCACCGUCACGGAGACGGAAUCCCAAACAAUCAGUCCUCUUCCCCUGCCAUCGAGCUAUGCUGCUACGAUCAGAAGUCUUCGACACCAUGUUCGCAUCACCAUUUCGAGAAGGCCAGGAAAGCAAGCACCUCCAGAUCAUACCUGUCGACUGUUCAUCCGACGUCCUCGAAAUCAUCCUGACCUUCCUCUACACCGAAAAGGCCGACUUCCCACUAUCGAUAGCCUUGGAAGUCUUGACAGCCGCAGACAUGCUCUUCAUCGAAAAGCUGAAACAACGAGCCGCCCUCCUAAUCAGCACCCUUGGCAACGGCACUGCCAGCGUCGUCGAAGCUGAGAACCCGCGAGGAGAGACCAGCGUAGAAGAAUUCAUCGACAUAUACGACGUCUUACGUGCUGGAUGGGAUACAAGAGUCCACCGUCUGGAGGAGUUUGCCGCAAGAUACAUUGCCUACCGGCUAGAAAGAUACAUCGACGAGCCCGAUUUCAAGGACUUGGUAAAGGAGUCUGCAUCCCGAAUCCAAAGCCGUCAGGAGACGGAUACAGUCGAAGUCAUCGACGAUAUCCGCUACUACCUCUCCGAGCGGUUCAGAUUACGCUUCGAAGACUCAGGCUUGGACGAGAUGAUGGAUGAGACUGUCCCAGCCGAACUUACAGAAGAUACCGAUGAAAAGGAGAAGGGCUUAGAAGACGAAGGCGUAGAUGUUACGUCGGGUCUCACACCACCCCAACAAGAAACUGGCUACAACGCGGAGGAGGGACAGGGCGUGGUACGGACUCUGGACGGCGAGAUUGCGGGCGAUGAGUUCGCGCAGGAUGCGAUGAAUUAUCAGAUUCUGUUGGGCAAGAUUGAGACGUUGAUGGAUGGGUUGGGAUUAGAUGGGUAG